CCGCAAAUGGCUACUGGAAACUAGGGUUUAAGCCAUCUCUCUCUCUCUCUCUUCGUUUCUAACGUGUUCCCACAAAAAGAAAAGGCCCCCCCUCUCUCUCUCGGCCCCACUUCUUCCAUGGCCGCGCUCACCCGGCUCUUCCUCUCAAAACCCUCAUCCCAAAACCUACGCCGAUCCCUCAACCCUAGCUGGUUUUCCCCCGCUGACUCUCCCACCGUUUCCCACUUCCUCAGAAGCCUCCACUCCCUCGUUUCCCCACAAUUCAAUGUCCCUCGCCGAACAACCAUUUCCCCUCCAACCCACCAUUCCAGAGGCAUUUCCUCUGCUAGUGGACAUGUUCCACUCCAUUUUCAUUACGAAGAUGUAUUACGUCAGGAUCUAUUGCUCAAACUGAAUUACGCCAACGUUAUGGAGGUUCCUGGAUUGCGUAAAGUAAGAGUUUUACCAAAGGCAGCACCUUCUGCUUUAAUAUUGAAAAAUGGAAAAUUGGCUACGGAGAUCUCGUGCGGUCAGAAAUUGAUACAGGUACAAAGGGCUCCGACAGGAAAGUCAGGAAAGUCGUUUCGAUCCAAUCCAUUCUCGGGGGGGAAAAAAGGUUAUGUCAGUGACCUAGCACGACAAAGCACUCUCCGAGGGCAUGGGAUGUCUCAUUUUUUGGUAAGAAUAUCCACAGUAAUGUCUCUGUUAGAUUCUCCUGUCGAAAUACGGGAAAACUCCAUUCAAUUCUCGAUGGAAACAGAGUUUUGCGAAUUCUCCCCGGAACUGGAAGACCAUUUCGAGAUUUUCGAACGUAUUGGAGGGUUCAAUGUGACUAUUGUCACUUCGGCCAACACACAAGAUGAGACUUCACUACUGUGGAGCGGCUUUUUGCAAAAAGAUGAGGGGGAAACUCAGUAAGAUGUCGGAGAAGCUAAAUAUACGAGAUCACAAACAUAAUGACGCAGAAGUAUAAUGGCGCUAUUAGAAACGAGGAAGUUUUUUUUUAAUCUUGUCUUAUUUCCUAGUCUAAAGUAUCCAUCCACAGUUUUUGGUGUCUUUCGGUCGUUCGAAGAGUCAUUGAGUCGUUCGUUCAAAGAGUCUAUCUAGUUUUUUGAAGUAAGUCUUUGUUUUCAUUCAAUUCUAGCUCUGAAAAUCUAAGUUUAUUUUUCCUAUGUUGGAGGGAUGUUCCAUUUAUAUCCGUUGGUAUGAAUGAAAUCAUUAGAGUGUGUUUGAGUAAA